CGGGGGCCGGCGGAGGGGGGGCGCAAAGAAAGCCUUCGCGAAAAGGACGGCCGAGCGGGCGAUGGGACCGGACGGAGCGAGGGUGGGAGCAAGGGAGGCAGCGGGCCCGCAUUCCUCUUCUAUUGGCACCCAUGGCGCGGCCGAGGUUCCCGGAUAUUGGGACGCGACUAGCGCUGCCACCGGGCCGCCCGGCCGUCUGUCAAAGACCGCGUCGCCCCAACUAAGCCUGCAGGGCGAUGCGACUGGGCCGGCCCAGGUGGCUCGUCCACGCACGGUUCUCGCAGUAUAGCGUCCGACGUUGUAGCAGGAACGCCAGCCCACUAGCACUAGUCAGGGUAGUCUGAGAUGGAGCUGGGUAGUUUGUGUCGACGCAAUGGAGCUAGCGUCCGCCGACGUCUUUUGUCCAUGAUCUUCAUCUUCUUCUUCUUCU